CUAAUAGGCGCGCGUCCGAUGCGAGAUACGCGCGCGCGUAUCCUCGAGUGGGAAGCGUAUCGCUUCGGCCGAUUAAUCUCUGGGCGUGUAGCACGCACGUCCGUAUCCCGUGUGUGCGGUUUGUUGACCCAACUUUCACAAUGAGCCAGAUAAGAGGGACGGCGGGAAAAACGUCCCGCAGCCGGCCGUCGCCGUCCGACGACGGCUUUUAGCGUCCGCGACUUUCGUCGUCGUCCACCGACCAGCUACAUCGUCCGCCGCCUCCUCGUUCGCGGCUCAUCUCUGCGACGCGGACUCCUCUGCUCCGUCGGGCGAUUAAACACGUCCAAGUUUCCGAGUGUUUGAGCGUGGUCGUCGCGUGGAACAAAGCGUGCAGAGUGCCCCGCGGCUCCAGGCGCAGCUUCCUGCUCUCCCUCGGGCGCUCGUGCCGCGAAUUUUCUGACUUUCCCGCGCGCGCGAGUACACAGUGGGUGUCGAUUGAGAUCAUCGCCUGGUGCAUGCCCCGAUACGGUGCUAUCAUGGGCUUCGGAAGCGUACGGGACGUAAAGGACGACAGCAUGAGGCGGCUGUGCUGCUCGAAGAAGGACGAGGCCGACGCGCUGCAGUCGGAAGCCGAAAAUGGAGUUACGAGGGCUUCAUCGGUAAAAAGAGAUGUCGAAAGGUUUGGAUUAUAUCAGCUGGUCAUGUUUAUUAUCAUCAGUCUACCUUUGAUGUUAACAGCAGGGUUUACGCUUUCCUACGUAUUUACCGCGGGCGAAAUUAAAUACAGAUGUCUAGUGCCGGAAUGCGAGCAAGCGGGCAACACGACAUUCGAGCCGCCUUGGGUGAACGCAUCCGCUCCGGAAAAUGCCAAUUGCAAGCGUUACGUGGUGCGGGAUGAUCAUAAGGGCACGUGCACGAAAAUGUCGUUCACCAACGUGACCCGCGAUUGCGAUUCUUGGGUUUACGACCCGGACGAGCAUACGAUACUCAAUGAGUGGGACUUUACCUGCGACGCCAAUCGAUGGAAACUCACGUUGGUGGGCACAAUACAGAAUGUCGGUCAGUUCGUCGGCCUGAUAUUCGCUGGAUGCAUAUCCGACAGGUACGGGAGACGAACCUUUUUGACGCUGGCGACGACUGCGGCAGGAGUCAGUGGCUUGAUACAUUCCUUCUCUGUGAAUUAUUGGAUGUUUCUCGCAUUCGAGUUCCUUGAUGCGACCGCUGCCGCUGGAAUUUACAGCGCGGGAUUUAUUUUAGGGGUGGAGAUGGCGGGGGUGAAGAACCGAGUUUUCGGCAGCACCAUCACGUGUUGCAUGUUCGCCGUAGGUGAGAUCCUGUUGGGGCUGAUCGCGAGCUGGUUGCGAUCAUGGCGGACGCUCCUCAGGGUGGUAUACGGGCCCGGACUCUUGGCCAUUUUCCUGCCUCUGCUCAUCCCGGAAUCAGUCAGGUGGCUACUAUCAAAGGGUAAAACCGAUAAGGUGGAGAAAAUAUAUCGCAAAAUGGCGCGGUGGAACGGCCUGCAGGUGACGGACGAGGCGAUCAACAUGUUCAAGGAGUUAAACAUCGUCAAGCCGGGAACGAAAAGCGAAUUGGUGAUGGCGGAUGAGAGGAAGCCGAUCGUGCAAGUUCUGCACAGCUCAGUGAUACUCAUCCGGCUGCUGAUCUGCUCGUUCUGCUGGCUCACGAACACGUUCGUUUAUUACGGAUUGUCGUUGAAUUCCGUGGCGUUCGCCGGGGAUAAGUACGUCAAUUUCAUGCUCGUCGCCGUGGUCGAGAUACCGGCAUACUGCCUCAGCUGGCUGCUGACCGAUCACAUCGGCCGUAAACCAACGCUCUCCGGCGCGUUCCUGCUGAGUGGUGCAUUCUGCCUCGCGAUCGAGUUCCUGCCGGCAGGAUCCUGGAGCUACGGGCCCUUACUUUUGUACAUGGCCGGGAAAUUGUGCAUCACCAUGGCGUUCGCCACCGUUUACAUCUACACGGCGGAGCUGUUCCCGACGACGCUCAGGCAUUCCCUGCUCGGAAUUUGCAGUAUGACCGGUCGCGUCGGGUCAAUCUUAUCGCCGCAGACGCCUCUUCUGGCGCAGAUAAUGCCGUCGCUGCCGCUCAUCCUGUUCGGAUCCAUGGGCAUGAUCGCGGGCGUCCUGUCUCUGAUCUUCCCGGAAACUUUGGGAACGAAACUCCCGGACACCGUGUGGGAGGCGGAAAACAUCGGUAAAGUGCAAGUCAAACGGGACCAGCAAGAUCCCGGGUCUUAAGACGUCACGUCGGGGGAGGAGCGCGGGGCGCUAGGAUGCCCCGUCAAGUCCACCACCAACAGGAUGGAGGACGAGCAAUAGCUUUUAAAAGUUUACUGACGACGCGAUCCCAGCUGCACCACGUAUAAAGAUAACUGGUCCUCCGUGGAAUUUGACGUCCGAAAUGCUCCGAAACGCACGAUUGAUACGAAGGGUAUUGCUCUCGCGGAGGAAAGGCACCUUGCGACGCCCAUUCAUAGAUGAUCCUGCGAUAUUCAUCGAUUCGAAGGAACGCAGCGUUUGCAGCCGCUUCAUCAUCGUCAUUCGUCUUCACCCCGUGCAGCGUGACAGGAGAGGAUCAUCCACGCGGUACACCGGGAGGACUGCGAUACCUCCUGAUGGGAAAAGCCGCGAAAUCUCCGCACACGCUCGCGAGUGCGUAUGUGAUUCAUGACCCAUGGUUGCUGUUAACGACUACCCCGACAGCGGAUUCCGACGCGUCCAUUUGAUUAUUUCUAUCGCACGUGGGUCGUGCAUCCCGUCACACGUACAUUGCGCCGAUAAGACGAUUUUAUCCCUCGUUAUAUUACAUGAACACGCGAUUUUCCAUCAUCCACGUUUUGCGUCUCGUACGAAUCAGCGCCUCGCGUGUCGGCGAGCGUACUCUUGAAAGCGGAGGAAUAAUUCUCGUCACACGCGCCGGCCAAUUGUCUCUCGUGGAGAUAUAGUUAACGCGUUACGCAAAACGAAUGCGAUAAAAGAUGGCCAGAGAGGGAGAAUGCAAAUGUCACGCUCGUGUACGCUCGUCGCCGGGGCUUGUUUGGCACGGCGACGUGCGGACGAUUUGCUCGGCACGUGGACCGCCAUCGCGCACCUGUCACUCGGAAAAAGUAUACGUUCGCCGGAUACGCCGAAUGCACCGGAUGUGCGAUUGUACAUCGUGGUAUAGUCCGAGCUGUCUGUCUAUGAUACGCGCACGAAUCGCACGAGCGUCUACCUCCGGUUUUAAUUCGCCUGACGCUUAUCCGGUAACUCGACGGCGCGAUGUAACUCGAUCGUUAUUAACGGGAUUAGAAUUUAGUUUAGAAUCUAGUUUUAGCUAUUCUGACGAAGAAUACGUUUAUGUAUGUAUGCGUGUGCGUAUGUGUGUAUUACGCAUGUACCGAAACAAUGGCGCACCUAAGCAGAGUGUAAAGUAAUAUAGAGAUAGAAGCAAGCACGCGCAUUAUAUAGAGUUUCUAUAUAUUUUUGCAUAAAAUAUAAAUUUUUAUUCAAGAUGAGCAUUAACGAGGCUCCGCGUGAUGAUUCUGAGAUUUUUCGGUGCGCCGUUGUAUCGCAAAGUAUUAAAUAUCAAUAAGUAUUACGAACGGGAGAAUUUGAUAUCGCAGAAUAUUUAAUAUAAGAGUACGUAUGUGUGUAUGUUACUACGCGAGAUUUGGAAGAUGCUCAGGGAGGAAUAUAUAUUUUGCGAGGCGAUUUGCGUAAUGCGCGGCGAAAAGUGUCGCCGAGAGAGACGCGAGUGGAUUACUCUUUGUAUGUAAAAUACGUAUCUUUCAUUAUCCCCGUAUCUUUCACCCUCGAAUACAUUUGGAAUGCACUUUGAGCGUGCGUUCCGCUCGAGAAGCACACGCAGUUUCAGAUUAUUGCGCCCAGACGAGUCUCUCGUACAUGCAGAAGCGAGUGAAUGAAAAUACAAUUUGCAUGUUUUCGUCGGCGCGUCGUCAUGCACGCGAACACGUAGCAGCAGUCGCACGUACGGCGCAUAAUUUUCCUUUUUUUUCCCCCCCCCGAGAACGGGGCGAAAGAUAUCAUCGGGGAUGCGCGCGGUACUUUCCUUUCUCAAUUUUUAACGCGGCGAGCGUAUUUUCGACGGGGCGAAUUUUCGUCGCACGCGGGCCUGCUGAAAUUGAAGCAUGCACGCGCGGCCUCGGCAAUGCAACAGGGCAUAGCACGCGAUGCGCGUUGUUAUUUUAUGUAUACGGAUAACGUCCCGCGCCCCGUAAUAAAUUUCGUCGUAAGAGUCACAAAUCUUGGGGUUCGCGAGCGCUUCCGCUGCCGCCCUUUCUUCUCGCCGAGAAGAAUUCCGUUGCGCAAUGGCCUCCAUCCUAUCAAUAAUACCGCGAACGACGUGAAGCAGUUAUACUCGCAUGCUGUUAAACAUUCAUAGCUUUACAUUAAAAGAUAAAAUUUUUCUGCCGGAUAAAACAUUCAUCCUUGAAAAAUCGUUUAAAAGGGUAAUGUGUAACGCCAUGUGGAAAAGACUGUCUUCACUCUGUUCCUCUAUGCUGCAUAAAAGUUCUACAAAAUUCAUCUGAAAGAAGUAUAUUUCCGCGUAUCACAAAACACAGAGCUCUUUGACAGUCACCGAUGCAAAGCUCAAAUUUUAAUCACUUUUAUGUCGAGUAUAAGUAGCAGUAUAGCAUAAAACACAUAUAAUACCGUAAUUCCACCAAAAUAUUGUAAUCCAUGAUCCGAUCCAUUCGAGUAACGAGAUACCGUUAGCUCGCUGACACAAUUAACGGGAUCAGGCCGGAUCCAGCCGGUCCGCUUUGCGUUUCCCUGGCUCGAGGAAUCGUCCGUGUUUACGAUCCAUCGAUCCGCGGCGCACCUCGGCGGUGCCACGAUUCAGCUGGCGCUCUAUAAAUCCAGGGAUACGCGUCUAUGUAUCGAGCGGAUCUUUAGCGCCGCGUAUCAUGCAUGUGCACUUAUGUACAACCUUCAUCCUGGAUUAACUACACCGCUCGCGCACUCAGCUUACGGGGGUUUCGAUCCGCCACCCGCUACCCUGUAUCCCCUCGUCCGUGCACUUAUCGAGCGCGCGGGGUUCCCUGCUAUCCGCCACACGCGAAAAAAGACGCAGCACAUCCCGCGCGACAUCGCGAUCAAGAUAAAACCGACGAUAUCGCCUCGGGAAACAUCGAUAAUCGUGCGCUUACCGCAACCAGUGAUACUUCACGAGAAGAAAAGGAUGGGUCGGGGAUAGAGCAGGAGAGCGAAGUUCUCUCUCCUGGCUGAUGACGUUAUUAGCGAAGCCCGCCUCUUUGCAUCUUCAUGCAUUUUCAUCGUUCUGCAUUUGCAUCUGACCGAGAUAAUCGCGCCGCUCUUAAUUUAUGAAUGAGACGCGUGUAUAAGCGCGAUCGGUGCUCACAUUUUGAAGCCGGCAACGAGAAUUUAGGGUUCUCAGGAACACGCGCGCGCGCGCGACACGAUUGCCUCGGCGUCUCGGAUCACACCCCUCGUCGUUAUCGUGAUUCAACCGCGAUGGCCAGAUUACGGCUGGAAUAAUUCGCGAACCAUCAUCCCGCAAAAAGCGUAAGCACGCGCGAAAUGGAAACAAUUUUGUAGCUCUCGUUGCGUCCAUCGCGUCCACUUUUUUUCGCCCUCUCACGGGGAGAGGGCGAGGGUGGGUCUCACGAGUGCGCAUUGUUACGUUGUUAAUAUCAGGCAACCAGCUGGCGGAAAAGCGCAAUUUUUGUUCGGCGGGUAGCCGCGUUUAAUGAAAACGGCACCGAAUUUUUUUCGCCGGGCCUUUAACGACAAACAAUUGCACCGUCACCUGUCAAACACAUGCCACGUGCUAGCGAGUGCGAACAAUUGAACCGAUAUUACGUAAGGGUCAUACCGUAUUAACAAAAAGAAACCGCCGGAACACGUACCGCAACACGCUCGCAUUGAAGUUCCGGUAAUUCCAUAUUCGGAUGUGGACACGCUAAAGUUGAUCUCUCUCCAUAUUUUAUUAACCCUUGGACCUUGGAAUUUGCACAUCUGGCUAGCUUGCAAAUAAUUUCUUCUCUUUGAAAUUCUCUAUGCAGAAUUAAAUCACUAUUUAACUCAUUUAUAUAAGCUCAGCAACGUCAUACACCUUAACUCUUGAAGAGAGAUUAAGUAGAAUUAUAAUAAUUAGUCCCGUCGUUUAUUUUGAUUGUUAGGUAAUGCGAGGUGUUGCGAAAGAGAUUACGUGUAUAAACAAGAGGAUGUGCUUGAUGCAAACACGAUAUGUCGGACGUAUACUCGUAUACGUAGAAUAAAACGCGGCAAUGCACAAUGCUGCAGUCUCUACGUCGGCUAGUAAAGUCCACACAGAUGACAGCGAGCGUGCAAUCCGAAGGACACUUUGAUAAAAAUGCCUUCCUGGCCUUCCGAUGCGUCGUCUGGAACAGAUUGCGAAAUGCAAACUGGGCCGUAAAAGAAUUUCGAUUGAGCGAAUGCAUCUACGUAGUAGGUAUCGACCGCAUCGCCGGGGCUUCCGGAGUGGAUUAGAACUGUCGGGUUGAAAUCGAAGCUGUCACUGCACACGUAUCGUACAAAGCUAUCGAUGCAUUUUUAUUCAAAAUCGACGGUAAUCCUGUCGCUGUAUGCAUAUUGAUUAUCGUUCCGCCGAAUGAAAUGGCGCAAGCGGCGCGAUCAAUCUCUUUUCCUAUUACGCAACCGAAGCUGGAAUCUAUAAAAAGGCUAAUAUAUCAAUAACCCGUCGCGUUUGCCCUUACGUAACGCCGUUAACACGCUCGACCGUGACGCCGGAAGCGCGCGUAUAAAAAUUCCCGGGUAGUAAAAAGAAACCGCGACGUGUUAAGAGGCUAAUCAGCUCCUGUCGCGCAAAAACGCAAGCUCGAUGGGGAAAUCUUUGUGCGAGCUGGGAGAGUUUAAUUCCGGAUAUUUUUCCGAAGGGUCUCGAGGAAACCGGACGGAUCACUGCGAAUAAUACA